GCCAUGUUGGUGUUCUCCUGGUCAGUUGUGGCUCUGCUGCUGCUCUCCUCUGCCUGGGCUGAGGAAGAUGUUGCUGCCGUAGAGGAGGACACAUCCAGUGAGCUGUCAGUGGGGGAGCUGCUGGAGCGAGCCAACAGGGACCUCACCCCUGACUUCGAUGAGCCCGCCCUGAUCGGAGGAGACAUCGCUGUCAACUCUGAGCUGGACAGGAACGCUGACCCCUGCACCUCCCGUGGCUGCCUGUGGGGGAAGUGGACCGAUGGGAACGUCUACAUUCCUUACUACAUCACCAACCACUUCUCCUCCCGUGAGAAGGCCAUCAUCACCCGCGGCCUGGAGUCCUUCUCCUCCGUCUCCUGCAUCCGCUUCAGGCCCAGCCGCAGCUCCGACCGCGACUGGCUGAGCAUCGAGUCCCAGAGCGGCUGCUACUCCUACGUGGGCCGUCAAGGUGGGAAGCAGGUCGUGUCUCUGAGCCGUCAGGGCUGCUUGUACCACAGCACCGUCCAGCACGAGCUGCUCCACGCCCUGGGCUUCAACCACGAGCAGACCCGCUCCGACCGCGACAGCUACAUCAGGGUGUACUGGGAGAACAUCAUCGAUGAUAUGAAGUACAACUUCAACAAGAUUAACACUCUGAACCAGGGAACUCCCUAUGACUACAACUCUGUGAUGCAGUACGAGAGAUACGCCUUCUCCAAGAACAACCGCCCCACCAUGGUGCCCAUUCCCAACAGCAACGUGGCCCUGGGCAAGGCCACCCAGAUGAGCCGCAAUGACAUCGACAGGCUGAACAGGCUCUACAAGUGCUGUGAGUACACUGUGGUCCGCCUGGACUCCCACAACAGCAUUCAAACACACAGACUGAGUCACAGUCACAGAGCCCUGCAGCUGAGAACCAUACAUUUGCUUUGA